AUGGCGGAGGUAGAUGAGCUUCUCAAAGAGAUUGGAGAGCUGGAAAGCGAGGAGGAGGAAGAGCUUCACUCAGAGGUGGAGCAACGAGGAGGCCCUGAAGUGGAAUGGCUGGGCGAGUCGCUCACCGACAGCGAGUCGUCGGAGCUCGAGGAGCCGGCAGCAAAAACUGCCGAUUUGAAGGAUUUUCGAGCGGAGGUCACUGACCUGAGGGCUGAGGCGGCGAGUGCGAAGGCUAAAGAGGUGGAACGCCGGAGCUUGGAGGCACCUGCUGAAGGACCCAGCUCACUGUCAUCGUCAUCGCUCCCCAUAUUGUCAGACGAUGAGGGGCUGCCAGCAAAGACUGGAAGUGAUAUGAAGGAUUGCACUGCGUGUAAGUUGGCGGCGAGCAGUGCCCCGGAGAAGGCUGAAGAGGAGGAAGGCCAGAGCAUAGGGGUGCCUGCAGAAGGACCCAGCUCGCUGUCAUUGUCAUCGCUCCCCAUAUUGCCAGAGGGGCUGCCAGUAAAGACUGCCAGCAGCCUCAAGGAGGUCGCCGAGAAUGCUUUGUGCGAGCUGACAACUGGCAGUGUGGGAGCAGAUGAGGAUGUUGAACACGUGGAAGAGCACAGUUCCCGGGCAUCUGCUGCAGGAACCCGCUCGCUGUCACCGCCAUCGCUUCCCAUGUCAGUCGAUGAGGGGCUGCCAGCAAAGACUGCCAGCAGCCUGAAGGAUUUCACCGUGGAGAAUGCUCGGAGGGAGCUGACGGAUGGCAGUGAUGGCAGGGUGGCAGCACAUGAGGAUGUUGCAGGAGGGCGCAGCCGCAGUGGCUCGUCUUCGUCAUCCUGCGGAUUGGAGGACGAGGUCUCGGCCUUGGGCCGCGCGGAGUGUCAAGAGCUCCAAGACUCCAUCAAGCAGAUGAAGCUGGAGGCCGAGGCUUUACGCCUCCAGAUGGCGCGAGUGGAGGAUGAGCGGGAUGCGGCGCUGGCACACGCCGCAGCGGCCGAGGAGGAGGCCUGUCGUCGAAGUGCCAAGCAGCAGAGGGUCAUCGAAGAGGCAGACGAAGCAGACGAAGCCACAGAGGACGAGGUGCAGAAGUGUGAGGCCUUCCUCCAGGGCGAGGCGGAGCAGCAGCGGGAGGAGCUUCGCGACACUCAGGCACAUGUGAGGCGCUUGCAGAAGGAGCUUGCAGCUGCGCUCUCAGAGGCUUCAGCGGCGAAGGAGCUGCGCGAAGCCUUGGAAACGGCUGAGGCUGAAAUGGCAGCUCAGAACUGCGUGGCCCCAGGCAGCGAGCCGGUCCACGCGCCGCUGGGCACGAAGGACUGCAAGCAGUUCCACUGCUCCCGAUCCUUGCUCCACUGGCGUGAUGCUUUUCGCCUUCACCUGCGUUCCCAGCUGCGCGACGAUCUGCGCCGGGCGGACGUGCGGCGGCACGGGAGCAGAGCAGAGCUGGCGCUGGGGCGAGGCUUGAGGCAGUUGAGGCUGGCGCCCAGCCCAUCACCCUCUGCGCCGUGCGCCCACGAGCCGCGCGCAGAGCGGCGCUCGGAACGUGCCGAAGUCGGCAGCGUGUCUCCGGCAAUCGAGCGAAGGCCCGUCCGGUCCCAGUCUGUGCCGGUGCUGCGCGGCGGCGGCCGCGUCCGGGCCGCGGCGCAGUCCGUGCCGGUGCCGCCCACCGCGCCCGGCGGGUGCGGUGUGCCCAGCCUAGCCAGCAGCCUAGCAGUGGCUGGCCAGCCUCGGGCGGUGCGCAGUGAAGAGAAGCAAGUGGCAGCUCCUUGGGAUGCUGGAAGGGUGCAAUCACCGGAGUGGGUCCAAACCGAAGCGCUGAUCUUUGAAGUCUGCAAGCACCGCCUGGCCUUCUCGGUGCUCUUGGCGUUUCUUCCGGCUGCCAUGGGGAGUGACAGUGCGUCGACCCAGGCACCCUCCACCACUGUGCUGAAGGUCUCAGUGACCUGUCGGAGAGUGGAACAACGGCAGAACAUCAUCGAAAUCAACACCACCUCGCACAUGGGUUGGGCCAGCAGUGCUCAGGCACAGGAGGCCUCGCGCAGCGCGCUGGAGGCGGCCCGCCGGGAGUUGAUGCGCUUGCGUGGCAUCAAUCAUGCUUCGGAGGUCAAAUCCACUUCCGUGGCUGCAGCCAACGAGUGGGCGGCACGCCUACAAGUGCUCCUGAAGAGCGUGGAGACGGAAGAGAGUAGCGAUCCCAGCAGUGAUGAUAGCUUUGAACUGGUCGAGAGCAACUCUCUUUCGGCGGGAUCUUUAUCAUCCUGGAAGGAUUUGGGAGAGCCUACAGGUGCUCCGACCACCGGGACUGGGGCCAUCGAAGAGACCUCCAGGCCCGCAUUGGGACAGGGGGCGGCGAGGCAAGAAGAGCGGACGAACGCGACAGAGAGCAGCGAAAUGGAGGAAGGAGGUGCGAAUCAGGAGAGCAGCGGACGUCCGACGGCGCGGAAGAAUGGAAGACACCAGAGGAUCCAGAGGUGGAUUCCGUAUGCGGAUUGA